GAUAAAAUAAUACAAAUGUCGACAUACGUAUGUUUCGAUCUAAUGUGGAUGUUUUUCAACGUAUUGAAACGGAUUGCAUUACGUGAUUAAAACGCGAACGUUGCAAAGGCGCGUUAAAAAAAGUAUGAUCACCACGAAGGCCGAGACAUUAUAUUAUUGGUCAAGAUCAUAUUCCUUUCUCUUUAUACAUGGCUUUUUCUUUCGUCUUUGCACUCUUUACGCUUUCACCUCGUUAUCAAUCAAACCAAUUUCUUUCGGCAUCUUGGAGGUUUGGAUGUUUGAGUGGUUUUCACGUUUUUAUCGCAUUGGGACUAUCAUAUUCUUAUUACAACGACUCUCAACAUAUGGACAACUUUUUAUAAUUCGGAUUUCUCUUUGUUUUAAUAAGUUUUGCGAGAGAAAGAUAUCGCUGAGAAUUGGAAAACAUGACGAAUACAAAUAACAACUCGUUUUAUUAUUCUCUGAGCGGUAACAAACAAGAAGAUGAGAAACUGUUAGAACCGAUCAGAUACAAUCUUCAAAUUCCUGGAAUGCAGAUAACGGCAAAAUUAAUCCAGACUUUUAAUUACUGGCUAAAAAUAUCACCUGACAGAAUAAAAGCAAUCGAAGAAAUAGUAAUCAUGCUUCACAACUCGAGCAUUAUAAUUGAUGACAUUCAAGAUAAUUCCAUUUUGCGGAAAGGUAUUCCUGUCACUCAUUCUGUUUUUGGGAUUGCUAGCUCACUAAGUGCUGCCAUUUAUAUAUUGUUUAUUGCUUUGGAACGAGUUAUUAAUUUACAACAUCCUGCAGCACCAAAAGUAUGUAUAGAACAAUUGUUGGAACUUCUAAGAGGUCAUGGAAUAGAAAUUUUUUGGCGGGAUAAUUUCAUUUGUCCAAGUGAGGAAGAUUACAAGGCUAUGGCAAUAAAAAAGAUUGGUUGUCUCUUUAACUUGCCAAUAAGGUUAAUGGAUUUGUUUUCAACUUACGAGGAAGAUUUAUCGCCGCUAUUAGCUCUUUUGAGUUUAUACUAUCAAAUACGUGACGAUUAUUGUAAUUUAUGCCUCAGUGAUUAUACCGAAAGUAGUUACUGUGAUGAUUUGACUGAAGGAAAAUUCAGCUUUCCAAUUAUUCAUGCGCUUAAAACCAAUCCUGAUGAUAAGCAAAUAAUGAAUAUUCUGAAACAACGAACGAAAGAUAUCGAAGUGAAACGUCAUUGCGUUAAAUUAUUAGAGAAAUUUGGCUCUCUCAAGUAUACAAGAAGCGUACUUGAAGAAUUGGACAUGAAAGCAAGAGCUGAGAUUGAUCGCUUAGGAGGCAAUCCGUUCCUAAUAAAAAUUCUAGAUGAGUUGAAGAAUUGGGAUAGCAAAUAAGCGUCCCAAGAUCCCUUAACACGGACAUUUUUAUAAGAAACAAAGUAUACCCAUACAGAGAAUAAUUGAUAUUAGAUCCAUUGAAUAUUCUUUAUAGACAUUAAGGAUAUCCACGAGCAUAUGAGAAUCAGUUAUUAGAAAUAGCUAUAGAUAUCCAAAUAUUCGUGUUUCAUAAAUAUCCACAAGAUGUAUAAGCUAUUAUCCACAAAAUAUUCAUACAACAUCC